AUGACUUUGCUUACAACAUUGAACCGCAUUGCACCUCUUGCCACUACUGCCAAACGUGCCUUUAAGCCUGCCUUGUCUUCUGCUUAUGCUGUAGCCCAACAACAACGCUUCAACUCGAACGGCGCUGUCGAAAUGACCGUGCGUGAUGCAUUGAACCAAGCUUUGGAGGAAGAGUUGACUCGUGAUGAAAAGGUGUUCCUUCUUGGUGAAGAAGUUGCUCAAUACAACGGCGCGUACAAGGUUACCAAAGGUCUUUUGGACAAGUUUGGUCCCAAGCGUGUCAUUGAUACCCCCAUCACUGAAAUCGGCUUUGCUGGUUUGGCUGUGGGUGCUGCCAUGAGCGGUCUCAAGCCUGUUUGUGAAUUCAUGACCUUCAACUUUGCUAUGCAGGCCAUUGAUCAAAUCGUCAACUCGGCUGCCAAGACCCAUUACAUGUCGGGUGGCACUGUCACUGUGCCUAUGGUCUUCCGUGGUCCUAAUGGUGCUGCUGCCGGUGUGGCUGCUCAACAUUCUCAAUGCUAUGCCUCGUGGUAUGGUGCUGUCCCUGGUCUCAAGGUCAUUUCUCCUUGGAACUCUGAAGAUGCAAAGGGUCUUUUGAAGGCUGCUAUUCGUGAUCCCAACCCUGUUGUUUUCCUCGAAAACGAGCUUGAAUAUGGUGUCUCUUAUCCCAUGUCGGCUGAGGCUCUUUCUUCUGACUACGUCUUGCCUAUUGGUAAGGCCAAGGUUGAGCGUGAGGGUAAGGAUAUCACCAUUGUCUCCCACUCUCGCUCCGUUGGCUUCUCCAUGAAGGCUGCCGAGGAAUUGGCAAAGAGCGGUAUCUCCGUUGAAGUCGUCAACUUGCGCUCCAUUCGUCCCUUGGAUGUUGAUACCAUUACUGCAUCUAUCAAAAAGACCAACCGUCUCAUCACUGUCGAAGGUGGUUGGGCCUCUUAUGGUGUUGGUUCAGAAAUCGCUGCUCAAGUGAUGGAAUCUGAUGCAUUCGAUUACUUGGAUGCUCCCAUGGUUCGUGUCGCUGGUGCUGAUGUCCCUACACCCUAUGCCAAGAACUUGGAAGAGUUUGCCUUCCCUGAUGACAAGGUCAUUGUCAAGACCAUCCGUGAUGUGUUGGACAAGAAAGUUGGCGCCUAA